AUGCCAGAGGCGACAGGAAACCCACUGCUUUCUAAGUCUUUUGGACAACAUACCGAAACUCCUAGAAGUCCAUCGGAUUUCGACCUCUAUGCCAAUGAUGAUGAUGACACCUUUGACCUUCCCUUAAAGUCGCGUUUCCCCCACACAGACAAUUUUCAAGAACUUGACGCUAUUCCGGGUUUAUCAGGCUUAGAUAAGAAAGUCAGGUUCGAGAAAGACGUUCCAGAUACUCCGACACCCUCCUUUCCGAACUCCUCAGUCUGCGGAGCAGACGAACUUUGCGUCUCAAAAACCGAGACAAAUUCCAGUAGUUCCAGUAGAAAACCCCAUAUCGAGGAGCUGAUACAGCAUGCACAGGCUUUGGACCAAUAUUUGGGCCAGAACAUCCACCAGAUUAACUCGUUUCGAUCUCAUUUGGGGAGUCGAACUUUCUAUAAAAGCGACGAAACCGGCGGAAUGGGCGCCAAUAGCAGCAGCAGCAUUGCUGCUACGGCUCUUACAUCCGCAUCUGGGUCUGCGUCCAACUUUGUGUUGAGCGAUAGUGAGUGCAGCGAUUACUACGAGGAUGACGAUCAUGAUAUCCACUCUUCGGCAGGAGCUAACUUUGACUUCAAAAGCAUUAAAGACAUUCUAUCGCAGCACCAGCCCUCCGCAUAUCCACAGAAAAACCUGCAAGCUGAGAGUGCCGAUAACAUUGAUGAACGUUCGAAUGGCGAUUUCUCGCGAGAUACAUCUCGCCCUGCCUCUUUAGACUCGUUACCCGUGGGAAAUGGCUCAGUCUCGCAAUCACCACUACUAAAGAUUGACUAUCAGCGAGAAGUUGCAAAGAGCUUAAGUGAAACCACACGACCGCCUGACAAUUGUUACUCUGAUGUGUCAGCUCCGGAAAUCUCAGCGUCUGGUGCUCUAACAGUUUUAACCAAAACUCUGCAAGAUUUACUAUCCUUAUCAAAUAAGCAAAAUCCCAUAAUCGAUUCAUCAGGAGAAAGCGAGACGGAUUUUAAGAAAAUGCAACCUUUCAGAAUGAAGGCAGCGCCUACUUUGGGCUACGAAAAGUAUCUCGACCGUCUGAAUACCAAAUUCUCUUUCGAGCCCAUCGUUUAUUUAGCCGCGGCCUAUCUCCUUCAAAAAUCCGUUUUACACAAAGUCGACAACGAUUUACGAGUACUAGUUCCCUUGAGAUCCGAAUGUGUGCACAGAUUUAUCAUUGCAGCGAUACGAAUUUCUACUAAACUGCUUGACGAUUGCAUUCAUUCACAUGCGCAUUUCAGCAAAAUUUGUGGGAUAUCAAAACGGCUAUUGACAAGACUCGAAGUCGCUUUACUGGACAUUAUCAACUACGAAGGACUCAAAAUUACGAAUGAAAGGCUACUUUCCGCAAUCAAAACUCAAGAAAAGCUUCAUCAAAAGGCUGAUGUUGAUGCCUGUUGA